AUGGCAAGACGAAUCGUGGUAAGGUGUCAGUCGCACUCGAUCCCCGGCACGCCAGUACAAAGGAAGGACGCAAUGGCAAACUUGAUAUGCCAACACGAGUGGAAUAGAAACUCGAACCAGGACGAUUUUCUCACUUGCCUGGGUCGAUACGACGCAGAAAACGUCAAGUGUUAUUUUCUUCUGGACAGUGGCUCCGUCGGGUCCCAUAGUCCAGAUGUCACGUUAUACAAAUGGGAUGGAAGGAGGUUUGAGCCAAAACAAGUCUAUCCCGCGGUCGCUCGGUACCUUGAACACAUUCCAUUUGGUGGAGAGGGAACAGGACAGGGCCUAUCCGACGAGGAGUAUCUUUCAAAGUACGGUCGAAAAGAGUUUGAGGGCAUGGUCCUGCAAAGGUCCGAGCAAGAGCAGAGACGUCGGGUAGCUGGAGAUUGUCGGGCAAAGGUCGAAACGCUUCAGCAAGACGUGGAAUCACUGUAG